GACAGAGCUCUGGUACUCGGCAUUUUCCAUCAAAACAACAUCAUCAUCAUCAACCAUGGCGGGAAUCUUCGCUUUCAAAUGCCCAUGUUUCCACCCACCAUCUUCCUCUCUUUCCUACAGUUCCAACCACUUCCUUCUUCCCCGCCUCACUAUUUCCCGCCGCCUCCCCAAAUUCCCCAGAAUAUAUGCAUUGACUAGCAACGAUAUAAAGGUGGGCCUUAACAUUGAAGUCGAUGGUGUUCCUUGGAAGGUUCUUGAGUUCCUCCAUGUCAAACCUGGAAAAGGGGCUGCGUUUGUAAGGACCACACUGCGGAAUUAUGUGUCUGGGAAUCAAUGUGAGAAAACUUUCAGAGCUGGAAGUAAGUUAGAAGAGGCUGACAUAUUUAAGGAAACCAAGCAAUACACCUAUAAAGAUGGUGCCCAAUACGUUUUCAUGGACUUGAGUACAUUUGAAGAAUAUCGUCUGAAUGAGGCAGAUGUUGGAGAUAAAGCCAAGUGGCUGAAAGAAGGCAUGGAUUGCAUCUUGCUCUUCUGGAAUGAUAAGGUCAUUGAUUUUGAACUCCCCAUCACAGUCAAGUUGAAAGUGGUCGAAGUUGAUCCUGGUUUAAAGGGUGACACAGCUCAAGGAGGAUCUAAGCCAGCAAUUCUCGAUACUGGUGCUGUGGUUAGCGUUCCAUUGUUCAUAAGUAUUGGAGAGGAGAUUUUGGUAGAUACGAGGGCUGGGGAGUACAUGGGCCGUGCAUAGCUUACUUGACCAUCGUUUUUUUGGAGUCAAUGGGUACCACUUACGUCUGAGAGAAACAACCUGUCAAGAGAUUAACUUUGUCGUCUUCUUUUUUCGUUUUUUUGGUUAAUGGAAGCUUUGUUUAUACCAUCGAGUAAUUUUCAGAUUUUGUUAAUCAAACGAUGAUACGAGAGUUUAUAAUUACAACGGAACAAAAUCCUCCCUU